GUUUUUCACGUCUUUCUUACCAGAAAAAAUUCAAAUAUUGACUUCAAAAAGUUUGCUUCAAGGCUCAGUUUUCAAGAUGAAAAGAAAAGUGACCUUUGCCUUUUUACUAAUAACUAUCGCUGUUUUUUUCUUGGAGACCUUUGUCGAUGCGGGCAUUGUAGGCUGGACUAAGUGUAAAGCUAACUGCCGUGACGAUGACGUAGCUAAUCCAGUCUGUAUUAAUAACAAAGGUCACUUCAAGAGUAUCGGUUGGAAAAAAUACAAGUGUUACGAGAAAUAUUGUAAAUCAGCUGUCAAAAAUGCACGUCAUGGAGCAUGUCCUAUUAGGCAUAAAACUCAUCCUAAUAACUCGCCUACAACUGCAUCGCACAAUCCUGGAUCACAAAAUUCUGUAUCGCAAAAUCCUGGAUCACAAAAUUCUGUAUCGCAAAAUCCUGGAUCACAAAAUGCUGUAUCGCAAUAUCCUGGAUCGCAAAAUUCUGUAUCGCAAAAUCCUGCAUCGAUGCACUGA